GUUUUAUAUUACUCAAAAGUUUAAUUUUGAGUUAAUCAACUUUUCAAAUUGAAAUUAUUAUAUCAAUAAGUUUGCCCUCUUUUUGUCAGGAGGGAUUUUUUUUCUGUGUAGCUUUAAUUCGAUCAUUAUGUCUAAAAUUUCGAAACAAGCAUCAAAAUCUUCCUCUGAACUGACGGCAAAAAAACCUAACGAAUCUGUACGAAGACGUGAAUGGAGUGAAUUAUCCUGGGAGGAGAUGAACUUUCCAACAAAAAAUCGUUUACCGGCUAACGAAAUAACGGAAAAUAUGUCAACAUCGUCAGUUUUAAUGAACAAUGUUAAAGUUAAGAAUUCAUCUAUGAGCCGUGAAGCAAUUCAGGAAGCAAUUGAACAAGAAAUAAAAGCGUUGCGUGCGGAACUUGGAAAUGAAGAGAAUGAAUCUGAUCCUAAUAAUCAGGAAGAAUGGAGCGUCGAACGUAUAAGGAAUAAAAAACUUGAAAAUGGAAUUGUCGCUUAUGAAGCUAAAUGGGAGGAUUUUCCUGAUUCGAGUAACACUACCGAAAAUCUUGAACAUUUGGAUAAUUCAUUGAUUUUAGUUAAAUCAUUUGAAAAUUCACAUUUUAUUGUUCAAAAUGCACGUUGUCAGGAAGAUCAAAAGGUUCUUGCAUAUAAAGAUAAAAAGACUGCACAUGAUUCAGAAGUUUGGCGAAAAUUGGUUCAUCUAAUCGAACCGGAAGAUAUAUUGGCCAUUGAUUUUACCACUCGGAAGUUGCUGGUUUCAUUUAAAAAUAUUGGAGAAGUAGCGCUAGUUGAUGUCAAUGAAUUUAUUAAAGAUAAAAAACGAGCUUCAAUGUUCGUAAAAUUCAUUCAUGAUCAUCCCGAAAAAUUUAGAGCGCCACACAUUCCGCCCACUUCGUAAUGAUCCAGGUAACGCACAUGGAUUGAUUGUACAUUAGUCUUACAACCAUUGUUAUUAUUUUUUUUUUAACCACCAUCAUAUUUGUUGAUUUUGAUCAAAUAGAUAAAAUUUUUGAUUCUUUCAGCUAUAAAAUUACAUUUGAACAACUUUUUAAAAUCAUUUAAUAAUUGAUAAAUCUUUCUUUAUAACCAAUA